AUGGGGGGCCCCUGGGGGCCCCAGUGGGGCAGCCUUCCCUCUGAGGAGCCCCAGCAGGAUGCUGUUGACUCACUUGGGGAUGCAGCACGAAGCACAGGCAGCAGCCAGCGACAGCGAGGAGGCAGCAGCGCUAUCCCGCACAGGGGGUGGACAUACACCGCACAGCAGCAGCGACGUCACGCCCAUCUCUGCACCCGACUCCUCCAACACCUCGAACGUUAUCUCCACGCCCAACAGGGAGACCAACAGCAGCAGCAGCAGCAGCAGCAGCAGCAGCAGCAACCACAGCAGCAGCAGCAGCAGAAGCGGCUUUUUUGUUCCCUGGAGGUUCUUGCCCGCCGUGCGAGUGCUUGUGCAGAUGCCUGCGAUUCGCGUGGUGUAACUGCAGCAGUUGUUGCCUUUUUGCGGGAGUUUGGGCUUGCUGCUGGUGUUUUCUUUUCGUCUCAGCUGCAGCAGAAGGCUGGGGGCGCAGCCAGGGGGGAUGCAACAGAGGCAUCCCGUGCUGCGCUGCUGCUAGUUUCCGCUCACUUUCGCUGCAGCACAACAGCAAACUCUGCGGAGCUGUUAGUGCAGCGGCAGGCUCUGGGCUGCAUCGCUGCUGUAUUCCGUGCGGCUCCUCAGCUGGGGGCCCCAGGCUCUGCUGCACUGGGGGAAGCGCUUGCUGCUGCUGCAGCUGCUGCUGUCGCUCUACACCGGGUGCUGGGGUCAGAACCCCGCCCACGUACAGACCGAGGACUCCAGCGCUACCUGAAACAGCAGCACCAGCAGCAGCAACAGCACUUCUUAGCUCUGGGCCUCGCUGCCGCACAGCCGAAGCACGUGGCGCUCAUUAGGGCUCUCCUGCUUUCUAUUCAUUCUCUCUUGGGUGAACUGGCUCGAGCAAGAAGUGCAGCUACUACUGCUGCUGCUGCUGCUGCUGCUGCUGCUGGGAGAGGCAUUGGCACUGCUGCUGCAGACGCUGCAGCCCUCCCGGUCUCUGCAGCAGCUCCCCUCGGUGCAGAGGGGGAGGUAAGCGUUGAGCUGCUGCUGUUGCUGCUUCCCCUUGCGCUGGUGCAGCCUGUUACUGCUGCUGCGCUGCAGCAACCGCUGCAGCACCGGAGCGGUGCUGCUGCAGCAGGUUGGGGCCCCUCCUGCGGCCUGACGACAGAUUUCGCCUCAACACAAGAAAGCGAUAUAGACGGCAGCAGGCUGCGUGGCUCCCCUGAUGCUGCUGCUCUUCCUGCUGCUGCAGCUGCUGCUGCUGCUGCUCGAGGGCCCCCACCAGUGCAAGAGGCCCCCCCUGUUGCUGCCACCCACACCAGGCAGCAGCGCUGCAGGCCCCCGCCCCCUGCGCACCGCCGUCACCGCAGCAGCAGGAGGGGCCCCCAGGGAUUCCGGAACGGAGGGCCCCCCGUCCCUGUCCGUGCGUCGGCCAGCAGCAGCAGCAGCAGCAGCGGCAGCAGCAGCAGCAGCAACAGCAGCAGAAGAAACAGACGGAUGGCUCCGUCAGCUGCUCGGGCUGGAGCGAACGGAGCAGCUCGAGCUGCCGUGGAGCCCUCUUGUUAUUUCUAA